AUGCAUCGAGAUAUAUGUGUGUCGGUACGUGUCCGACCUGCUCAGCCUUCGCAACACGGUGAUCAACCGGAUUUGCGACCCAUGUACAUGGCGAAAGAGCGGCUUGUAACUUCCCCCCCCCCCCCCCCCCCCAAUAGCGGCAAGCAAGGCAAGCCACUCGCUGGUACACAUUGUCCUCUAGGCGGCUGCGCUGCGGUGUUCGAGUGCCUUCAUCGCCAGGAUCAACAUCUCGAGCAGCUGCCAGCUCAUCAAGACGCACGAGUGAGGCCUCCUUCGCCUCUCGGAACCCUAACAUUUCUGGCUCAGCCUCAAGAGAACCGCUUGCUGACACAAAUGGUGCCGAAUUUCAUUGCGGUUCCGAUAUCCUACACGCUUUCCUCCAUCGCUCGCUUAGACAUCGACCAGCCUGUCAGUAGAUUUAUCUCUAACCAGGGCACCGUGCAUUACUGUCCAUUACAGCUUCUCGCGCUCAAGCUCACCGCAUCUGAAAGUUCGAAAUGGCACUCUCACGGUGGUCAGAUUGCUGGCCAAGCUCCUAGCGAAGAAAUAGAUCGUCUGACGCUGAAGAUUGAUGACAACAGCGACAUGGCCUCAGAUGUCGGCGGAGGGGGAGAACUCGUCGGCGCGAACGGCGUCCACCAGGAUUUCUUCGACGAUGUCACAAACAAGGCACUGUUGCCCGACUCAACAUCACAAUGGCUCACUCGCUUUGAAAAGGGCGAAGAUGUUCACAUACAGCAGACCUUCAUCAAAGCAAAGCGUGCUCAGUUCAAAGUGGCUCCAACGCCGUUUGUCGGUCUUGUAGUACUCCCGGGCGCUGAUAAGCCUACCGUAGCGAGACUGGAGGAGAGCAACAUGACAGAUAAGCGACCUGACCAGCGUGACUCGACUUACAGAGUCAACACUGCCGGCUCACUGCUCGAAUCAUGGACUGUCAACAAGGACUUGAGCUUCCGGAACGAAGACAAUACGUUCAAAGUUGUGGAUGGCAUCAAAGUGCGCAAUCGAGACGGCAAGAUCUCAAUACCUGAAUACAGCAAAGACACAGUCACCAUCGACAGUCAACAAGUUGAGAUUGUUGACGAGCUGCGAAAACGAUAUGAUGGCAGACCAGAGUAUGAUCUCUGCGCCACACUUAUCGAAGUUGAUGCCGGCUCUCUCGUCAAGCUCAUUACCAAUUUUCGUAAGCUAGUCUCGCAGUCGAGCCGUGAUCCAACUCACGACCGCGACAAUUUAGAGAACAUGAUGGAAGAUACCAGGACCUUCUGUGCAAGGAGCCCGAUCCUUUUCAGAGCAGGGACCCGAAAUCGAGUGAUCGAUGCUGUAAACAUACGCUAUGGAAUCGACGACGAGCAAGGUUUCAGGACUAUCUACACCAGCAGAGGUAUCCAGCAGCUCAUCAGUGUUAGCGCGUCAUACUUCAACGCGCUUGACCCCACAACCAGAUCCGCGAACGAUAUGACUCAGACAAUGGUGCGGCCGCGGUUCUUGCAGACGCUAUGUCUCCUACUUUCAAUGCUCUCGAACGUAGACAUUCGCCAGAUGUCCGACUUUCUCGACGCCACGUAUGGAAUCACAGCUGAUCGGCCUAAUAUAGAGAUUCUGUUCCUCAAGGUCAUUCCCUUGGCAUCCAUAAAUUCGAAAGUCUUCUUGUCCUCGGUAGUCCCGGCAGUGCUAGGCUAUAAAGUGGACAAGAAGGCCAUCGAGGAUGAAGCGCAAUGCUGGGAGACAUUGCUGAAAAAGCUGGCAGAGAAGGGCUAUCUACUGCCUGGAACAGUAGAUGAUCUCGGUCGUAAUGAGCAUAGCUGGUUGUAUCAAUGGCCAACCAAGGAUGAGGACCGUAUUCGUUCGAGCCAUAUCUUCGGUCGCCUGCAGCUUCAUGGGGAGAAUCUGAGGGGCUUCAACGAGAUACUUACAGUCAAGGUUGGUACUGAGUCGGACGAGAAAGAACUGACGAUCUAUCUUCAAUACUUCCCAGACAGAGCGUUCAGCAUCGCUGCCAGCGAUUACGAGCAUCUACACUGUCUGGAUCCACGGGAGUACAUACUGCAGGACACGGCAGAAGAGGCGAAUGGGCGAGUUUGCAAGGUGACCAUCUGCUCCAAACCACUGAACGAUCUUUCUAACGAGGCUGUACGUCUGAUCAACAGAAUCUUGCCUACCAUCAAUAGAGAGGUGGUACGAAGAGGUGGAAGUAAGUUGACCAAAUGGGCUGGUCGUAAAGGAUCGAACGGGGAUCCUGGUAUCAUCGCCGGCGAUCUGCAGAUCGCACCAACCAUUACCAGACAUGAGGCUUGGCUGGAAGGGGUUAGCGCACCGCUGGCUGUGACUUGGAAGUGUGACGGCAGGACGAUAUCGAAAGUUGAUAUGCUUCGCCGCAUGGGACGUAGCAUCGAUAGGAUCAAAAUUGUUGUGGAGAAAUUCCUCCGCGGGAGAAACCACAGGCUUGGUAAGUCUUACGACUCAGACGAGAGGGAAGCGACAUAUGCUUCUCAAGUCCAAGAAUGUCUGGCACGAGAAGACGAGAUCCUUCGGAGAGAAGAAACUACCAGAGCAGCGCCAGACACGCCGAUUGCACGCUCGGUUCAUCCAGGUGACGAUAUCUCCGUCGUCCGCUCCAAGAUCUGGUUCGAGUACAAAUCACAGUAUCGUCCAGACCGCGACCAGCUCUUCGUGUGGGCACAAUCAGACACGAUCACAGGCGUCAAAUGGCUGCGCGGAGGAAGUCAAGCUGAGAUCAUGCUGCGAGGCAUCCCGACAAAGUUCAUCGUCGCCGCACUGCGACCAGAGCUCAUGAUUCCGCAAGAGGAUGAAGUCGUUCAGGGCGACAUGGUGCUUCUGGCUGGGAAAUAUAUGAUCGUCACGUCUCUUGCCAGCGGUCCUGCAAGCUACGAAGGCCCGAGACAGUUGCCUCACUACGAGAUGACGAACUGGCUGGAGAUUCAAAGUAUUGACGAGCAAGCCCAAAGUCGGAGGAGGAAGAAUAAGAUCGGCCAUCGUUCACGCCUGAGGCUCUGCCAAGAUCUCUCAAACCCGGUGGCCUACAUGAUCGUAGUCUACGGCAAACCUGACCUCGUAUCAACUUCUCCUGAAUCUUGGACAUUCAACUCUCCCGCAGUACAUGCCGAGACACAUAUAAAUCCUCACACCCCGACGAAAAUGACCAAACACUACGAGAUCAAGGUUUUGCCUGGCAAAGGCAAUGCUAUGGUUGCUGUGCAUCCUCCGGCGCCUGGCACUGUGAUUGUACGGAUGUCGGGCGACGGACGUUCUGCCAUCACUUUGGGCAAGGAGAUGAAGACUGGCUUCCUCGUCACGCAUGAAGAAGUUCUGGAGAGCACAGGGUGA